CUCUGCGCUGCUGUCAUCACACCACCUCUUCAUUUGGAGCGUCCAACCGGUCUCUUUUUGGGAAAGUUUUCUAAAAAAAAAAAUAAAUAAAUAAAUAAAAAUCUAAGAUGAUUUUGCAGCAUAUCUUUUUGAUAUUCGGAGAUUUGGCUGAGAUACCUAAAAAUGCGCCCCGCCUUUGUUGGACAAUCUUUUUAAAUAUUUACAAGUUAUGUCCUCUGUAACUGGAAGAAGGGAGAGAUUUUCAUCUGCGAUCCGAGGAGCGCACUGGAGCCCAGCAGUGCAGCAUCACUGUGACUCCUUUUCUGCGUCCAGCAUCAGGAGACAGUGCCAGCCAGAGGAGCGCCCCACUCCCCAGGGUCCUCACCGGGAUAUGUGCAGCAGGGAGGUCCCCUCCUACAAGUCCCUUCCAGGCUCGCUGGGGGAACGCAUAAGGAUGUCCUUUGGAAGUGGGACAGCGUUCAGGGGCUCUGCGUCUGCUCUGCAUCCCGGAUCUGGGAGGUCCGACAGGAAAGUUGCGUGCUGUGAGAAGUGCUCUGCAGCUCUAGUUGCUCUAAAGAAGCAAGCUCUGAGUCUGGCUGUCCACCAUCACUUCUCCUGCAAGGAAACCAACGACCUGUCCGCUUUUCUUCAUGACAACCUUCGUGUCCACGGUCAUUCUAACCUGGAGUCCAGGAACAGGGAGAGGGAGCUGGGCCAGUGUGCAGCCUGUGGUGUUAAUCUGAGCCAACUCAAGCAGGAGGCCAUCCUCCUUGCUCUGAGUCGUGGGCAGUCGUUAGCGAAGCCCUCUUUUGCAGUGCUGGGACAAAGUGGGGCUAAGCAUGAAGAGAGGUUCUCCAGGGAGGCCGUGCAUCCACCGUACAGUCAAACACACAGCCCGCGAAGCCCCAGGACGCCCCAGAGGACUCCCCAAACCCUCAGACGGAGGGGGCCCAAGCUCCCCAACCCGGAUAUGGGCCGCUGGGUGGAGGAGCAGCAGCAGCUGGUGGCCUCUAAAUCAGCAUCCAAUCCAGAUGGUGUCACCAUGAACUCUCACCAUCAGAAGGCAGAUGAUGCCGCGCUGACCCGUGGUGAUGCUGGGACUGUUCAGACUACCUCCAAGAUCCCUCACAUCUCCAAAGUGGUGAGCAUCGCCAACACCGCUGCAAUGUCCCUUUUGGCCAGGGCGGCUGAGAAGCUCAACUUGACAUUGAGGAAGAAGGGCCAGGCUUCUGAUCCAGCUCCCUCCAACCACUCCACCUGCUUCAGGGAGAUCGUCCAGAAAAACCCGCCACCGGUCCCCCCCUGCUUGCUCCAAGCUGCCGCUCGCAGCAAAGACUCGCCCGACGUUGGCAAGGUCAAAGUGGUGCUGAGGGUGAGCCGGCUGCUGUCGGAGAGCCACGUCCAGCCACCUGUUCUUCGAGUUGACCCGUCCAGGAAGAGAGUCACCAUAAUGGAUCCGACCGCCAGGAACCUAUCCUACAGCACAAUGACCCUGGGCAGGGAAAGAAAAAGUCCACUGAAGACCUUCAACUUUGAUGCAGCUUAUUCUCAGGAUUCAGGACAGGGUGAAGUGUGCACGGGCGUCUUGGCUGACAUCAUCCGCUGCGUCCUUAGCGGCAGCGAUGGAUGUGUUUUGGGCUUAGGAUGCGCUGAUGUGGCAUCCUGGUCCAGCAUGGUGGGAAACAGUGACAGCCUCCAGAAGCUCGGCUUGAUUCCCUGUGCCAUCUCCUGGCUGUACAGCGCCAUCGAACGACGCAGGGAGAAGACUUGGACUGAUCUGACUGUCUCCGUGUCCGCCAUCGAGCUGUGCUGCGGCGAAGAGGACACCUUAAGAGAUCUGCUGGGGGAGGUGGUCCCCUCACCAGGCAGCGUACAGAACAGCCCGAAGCCCCACGUUAGAGUGACCGAGGACCCGGUCAAUGGGAUACAGUUGCGUAAUCACAAUCGUGUGAAGGCCCCCACAGCACAGCGAGCGGCUUCUCUCCUGGACGCAGCCAUCGCAGCACGUCGACACACCGACUUUAUCACAUACCUGUGUCACAGCUCCAUCAUGUUCUUCACCCUUUACGUCCAGCCUCCUCGUACCGAAAGCAACACCAUCGGGAAAGGUUCGAGGGGAACCACUAAGUUGACCAUGAUUGAUGUAUGCAGUGGGAUGAGGGGUGUGAGCAAAAAUAAGCUUCCUCACUCUGACUUGGGCCCCAUUGUCUUGGCUCUCCUAAGUGGACAUAAAACUAUCCCUAGCAAGUCUAGUAAGUUGGCAAUGCUCCUUCGGGAAUCCAUGUCUUCAAACUGCCAUAUUGCUGUGAUCGGUCAAGUUGCUGACUCAUUAGCGCAUCUUCAAGAGUCCUUCUCUACCAUUCAGCUGGCUUCUCGUCUACGCAGGACACAAAAGAGGACAAAGCAGUCUACAUCAUGUUCCCCUUGUGGACGGAGUUUGACCAGAGAUAAAAAAGGUCCCCGCUCUUUGGGCCUCCGAGCGUUCCACUCCACAGAAGAGGUAGAUGUGGACCUCUGGUCUCUUCGACUUCGUGGGGAGCUGUAUCGUUCUAGCAGUGACCAGUCCUGUGACACUGUCAUCCAGAUCAAUUCAGAUGGCUCUGUCCACUCAAAAGCAGCACCACUGCUGGCACAACCUGAGUUCGUGCCAAUUAUACCUUCUUUGCAUCCAAACAAGUCUGACCUGGAAGACCCAGAGUUUACAGCUCUACUUCAAGAACUUCUGCGAAUUCCUCAGUUGCAUGGAGAGAAGAAGACAGAGGAAACUCUACAGGGGGACAUUGAAGGACUGAAAGCAGAAGGCAAACCACCAGAGAGAGAUCAUCUUAAGUGUGACACCUUUGCUGAACUUCAAGAACGUUUAGGUUGCAUUGAUGGAAAUGAGGUGACAAUGGAGAUCCUCAAGUCUUCCUUGGUAGGUGCUAACCUUAAGAAUAUUUUAACCAAAACUCAACCCCAGAAAGAAACAACCAAAGCCCCACAGACACUGUUGAAUGUGGGUAAGGGUUGCAGUCGAGCCUCUUUUGGGGAAAAGCAAACAGAUGGUGCUGGCCCUGGGGAGAGGUUUCAGAGAGAGGAUUCAGGUCUGUUUGACUGUGAGGAGUGUAGUGCAAACAGUUCCAGUGAAGAACUAAUGAAUCAAGCCCUUGGUCUCAGCAUGACCUACCCUUCUGAGCUUCCCAAAAAUAGAGCUGUUAAGUCAGGAAAAGGUGUCUCAGUCAAGUGCUCUGAAGCUAAUUCUCACAGCAAGGCUGCCGCCAAUUUAUCUGAACAUCAGCCACAGAAAAAACAAGAGAAACAUGAAGCUGCUGACUGGUUCAAACCAGACAAAAGAGCUUCACCUAUUGGUAAAAGCUCUCCAAUAUCUCCUUCUUUGUAUUCUCCCCCUUCACACUCUAUGGCUAAAAGUGUUGUAAUUGGGGAUCAAAAUACAAAGGACAGUAAGGAAAUGAAGGCCACUAUCACUGUGACUGUACAACAGCCAUUGGAUCAAAUGGGUCAUGAUGAACUUGUCUUUUCUAUGGUAGAGGAGGUGACCAUCAGUGGAGCAUACAACAGUGGGACUGCAGGUGGAAACAUAAUUUGUAUCAGAGACCUUGCACAAUCACAAGAACAUGGUCAAACCUCUGCUAACUCUCAACCUAUCCGAAUCAUUGGUGAUGUGAGUGAUGACUGUUCAGCUGGGGCUUCUGCUCUUGCUCAAGCCACAAGCACAGAUCAAAACAAUGAAAGGAUGAAAUCUAAACGAGAAAACAGGUUUGUUCCUUCUUUCAUUAAUCCUAUGUUGAUGAACUUAGAUUCGGACUGUGAUUUAGAGGGUACUAAAGAGAAAAAGAGUCAUGAAACCUUUAAAGACAUCAACGUGGCUUCUGAGCUUAAAAGAAAAAGCACCAAAGGUCAAAAUGACAUUAAUGUAGAUAAACAGAGUCAACGUUGUGCUACUCAGGUCCAUCUACUUCAGAAAUCUGAUAACGCAUGUAGCCAUGUUUCUUCUGAUCAAAUAGUGUCAGCAGAAAAGGAUUCCUGCAAAAAAGCUUUGGAGAGCAAAAUGUGCGAGAAGAGACUUGACAUUACAGACAAAGCCCACCCAGGAGACUCCAAGCAUGUUUAUUCCACACACAAUCAUAAGGUCUCAGAGGGGGUUCAAAUUGCUUGCAGACAAGCUGGGAGCAACCACAAGAGAGCCGUUGUUUCACCUGGUUGCUAUGAAACCCUGCCUGGUUCCUCUGCAACAGGUAGCCUACCAAGAGGCUGGCAACAUCCCAACCACAGACAGAGCCCCUCAAGGGGUUUGACAUCAUCUACUCCAUGCAGCCCAGGGGAAACACUGGAGAGGAGGCACAGCAAAUGGCAGUCUACUGAAAACCACAACUCCAACAACUGGUCUCCACAAACAUAUAUCCAAGAGGUCAAAAAAGAUUCAGGCUGUGCUUUUAAAAAGGGAAAUGACUCUUUCUUUACCUCAAGUCCAACAAGGAAACAUUACAAAACAAGCAGCAGAGUCAGGUCUCCAGCUGAUAACAGCAGUAGGCUUUUUAAUACCAAACUAGAGCGGUUGGCUAGAAGGUCUAAUUCCCUUGGAAGAACCCCUAGACAAUUCCCAACCAUGGAAAGGGGUGGUAGUAACACUUCUAUGAGCUCCAAGGGAAGCAUUGAAGAAAGUUUUAAAGCCAAUUGUAAAGAAAACUAUGAGGGAGAUUUUACCUUUCCAAGGGCCAAUAGGAGCCCCAGGAGAAAUCCCCGCUCUGACCACAGCCAUCACUUCUUUCACAAUGAAGACCCUCUACUUCAGUCUGUCAAGCAUUCCCAUUCGAAGCUUUCUGCGGUUGGAAAACUUAAGAUAUCAACUCCCAAGGUUCGUCGGCAGUCUGCCCCAAGCAUCAAGAACAUGUCUCGAAAAAGCAGUCCCAGUCUGUCACCAGAUGGCAAAAUGGUUAACUUUGAGCGAACGUCCUCAUUUUUUUCCUCUUCCCCUCCACGAUCUCAUCGCUCUAUCAGCCGGACUCCAAGCCAGAGCUCUACAUGCUCAUCUACAAAAUCUGCCAUUCAGGGAUUGGUCAACGGCCGGAUCACAGACCUCCUUAGGGAAAGGUCGUCCAGCCCCUCCUCAUCUGGACAAGAUCAAAUGUCCCCUCUUCUCUCCCCAUACAGCCAGAUGACUGCUCCUCGUACGCCGGACCACCUAAGUGGGCAUGCAAGUGACACCACCAGCGUGUUGAGUGGAGAUUUGCCACCAGCUAUGGGGAAGACAACCCUGCAUUUUUCUAACCGGAGCAGUCUGGUUAGCAGUGGGUAUGACAGCUUAGUAAGAGACAGCGAGGCCUCAAACAGAGAUUCUAUCAGCGACAGGAGUGGAUCUCUACUCAGCGUGACUCGCAGCAGCCGAUCAUCACGGAAGAGAGGCAGCACAAGUACUCCCCAGCGCCGACUGUCCCAUGACACCCCCCUGUCCAUGAAACGAUCAGCUAGCGCCAGCGGUCUGCGUUCUCGCUGGACGGAGCGGAAAAUUCCGGAGGCGUAUGAGAUCAAGGUUUAUGAGAUCGACAAUGCUCAAAGGAUGCAGAAAAGAGCAGGUGCUGACAAACAGGGCCUUGGAUGCUUCAGCGCCAAGCUGAGGUUUCUGGAGCAUCGUCAGCAGAGGAUCUCAGAAGUCCGAAUCAAAUACAACAGACUGAGGAGAGAGCUGGAGCUCGUCAAACACAACCUCAUGCUGGAGCCAGCCAAGUGGAACCAAGAGUUCGACCUGUGGCAGACUUUCGAGGUGGACUCCCUAGAGCAUCUGGAGGCCCUUGAAGACGUCACAUCUCGGCUGGAAAGAAGAAUUAACCUCUGCAAGGCGAACAUUAUGAUGGUCACCUGUUUCGAUGCGUCCAACAGGAGGUGGCGCAAGAAGCGACGGAGCAAAAUGAGAAAGCAGAAAAACUUAAAACACUUCUGAAAUGAGAAGCUUGCAGUUUGGUUCUGGCCUUUUUAAAUAGUAUUUACCUACUAUAGAGCUACUGAGAUUUUUGAUGUCUAAUGGUUUCAGAUUAAUAAACUGGAACUGAGCUUGACGCAGAGGGAAAUUACUUUUCACAAGUCAGGCUGCUCCUUCAGAUGAUUACAGUACUUAUCAUGUAAAUUAAUCUACUAUUAACUUUGGUCUUUAAAUUAUACAUUUGAACUUUUGUUUUCCUGGAUUUAAAUUGUUUUCCAAAACAACUUCAGUUAAAAAACAAGAAUCUUGUGGACAUGUUCGACUUUAUUGUAAUUGCCUCUGAUCCACACAUGUUAAAGAGGUCAUAGAAUGAUUCUAUAGGGUAUUUGGUGCUGGUCCUUAAGGUCUCUGAAUAGGGUGUGUAACAUUGGUUGGGCUUAAAAUGGCAUAUUUGCUCUUCUAUCAGCCCUAAUGCAACAUGUCUUUGUUCUUGUAGUAUUUUGUAGAAACAGGUGUAGAUAAUGGAGAUUUUGCAGGGACCUUUUUUUGUGCUGAUUAUUAAAACCAUGCUCACAGCCAGAAACCGACAGCUCCAUGGUGGCUCUUAGAUUCUCCACAGGUUUCCUGAAAAACAGCACAAACAUUUAAAAUCUGCUACACUAACUGCUGUACAGGAAAUCAUAACCAAGAAUAAGGGCGGGUUUUGAUAAUCUUAACAUUUUAUUUUAUGCAUUUGGUGAAAACCUUUAUUGUGCACAUGUACCUUCACAUUUACAAACUUACUAACAAACAAACAUCAUGGACAUCACAACGGGUAAUUUUUGAUUACAAAUUUUUUUGUUGUUGUUUUUUUUAUGGGGAAAACUGUGCCACCCUUGGUGCCAUUUUGUAUAUAAACCAUUUUUAGGUGCUGAUUGUAUAUAAAUGUGCUUCUUCCUAUUUAAAGCUCAUGUAAAGGAAAAGAAAUUGUUUAACUAAAAAGAUCCUAGGCUGUGGAAAAGUGACAAACCGAGUUUGUUAGAGUUGCUACCUACUGAAACGUAAAUGUGAAUUAAAUCUCUACUACCUGCAUCAUGGAUAAAUGAAUGGACUUUUGAAUGCAUCAGUAAUUUAUUUUGAAAGAAUGUGGAUUCUACUUUUAGCCCAACAGGAUGUCACUUUGUGUAAAGGCUUGUGAGCCAAUCCUAGAGGAGGCGCUGAUGCUCUGGAAUCAGACACUGUUGACCCAGAUCGGUACAUUUCAAAUGUACAGAGCUGCAACAAUGUGAAUAUUGUAAAUCUAUAUUGUUGUUAUUAAGAAUGCACUCACAAUUACAGCAAAUUCUUCAAUUAGGGAAAAUAAUAUCAUGACACUGUAGUAGUUCCUGCUUCUAGCAUGCUUGUUCCUGUGCUGUGAUUAGAAAAAAAUAUUUUUGUAAUGCAUGGAUAUUUUUGUAGUUUUUGUUCUGUGCAAAAGAAAAAAUAAAAUCUUUCCUCCUGAAAUAGUUAGAUGAGGUUCUGACAGAGUUGGUUUUCCGACUGUCGAAAGCGAAGAGGUAAUGAGGGCAAGCAGAGUUCAGCCCUGAAGCAGCCCAAUUAUAAAGGCAGCAGAGGGAGAAAAUAAAGCAAGAAAGUCACAAACACAAA